CGUGCAGAUAGGUAGGGCUGAAGGAAUGGGGAAACGGGAGAGUUUCGCGUCGGGAGCGUGGAGGACAGGACAGCCGCGGCUCUGCCCCGUCCGGGCUCCGUCUUAGCCUCCAGCGUGUCCCUAAGGCUCCCUAAGGCAGCCGCUGCCUCUUCUCCAGCCCUGUAAUAGCGAGCUCGGGACUUCUCCGGUCGCUUUUCCCCGUUUGGAGGCAAGUAGCGAAACCUCCAGCUCCGCCGCCCAGCUCCAGCCCCAGCCGAGGAGCCCUACAUCCCGGCAGCGCUGCCGGCCCUCCAGGAUGUCUCACAUAAAUGAAAUGUGGUGCUGUCACUGGAAAUGGAAGCUGCAUCACUGUCUCUACUUGUUUAUCCUGUAUAUUAUAUGCAUGCAGCAAGCAGCACAUGGAUGCUACAACUGUAGGACUGUGCUAACUGACCCCUCUGGAGUUUUCACUUCUCCAUGCUAUCCAAAUGAUUAUCCCAACAGCCAAGCUUGUAAAUGGAUCAUCCGAGCACCUCAUGGAUUCAUUAUACAGCUAACAUUCAGUGAUUUUGACAUUGAAGAAGCACCGGGCUGCAUUUAUGACUCAUUGACAUUGGACAACGGAGAGAGCCCAAUGAACCUUUGUGGCAUCACUGCCAAGGGAUUGUCAUAUAAUUCUACUGGAAAUGAAAUGAUUGUGUCUUUUAAAAGCGACUUCAGUAUCCAAAAGAAAGGUUUUAAUGCCAGCUAUGUACGAAUUGCUGUGUCUCUGAGGAAUCAGAAGGUCAUCAUUCCCCAGGAUCCCGACGCUGAUGCUGUAUCGAUGGCAGAAACAGUCUUGGUUCCAGAGCUCAGCCAGUUCACACUGUGCUUUGAAGCAACCAAGAGCGGCAGUGAUGACAAUGAUGACUGGAAGAUUUUCUCUUAUACUGAUGCAUCAUCAAAAGAAUUUUUCGGCUUUGGGAAGACCACAAAAGGCCAUUUUCUGUCCAUCUCAGGCACACAGUGCAUACUGGAAAACGCGUUGCCUCGAAAUGUGGAGUUUUUCACAGGAACAUUUGAACAGCUUUGUGUCAUAGGGGAUAGUUUCUCGGGCACUGUUGGUGUAUACGCCAAAAACAUCUAUCGUAAUACAUACUGUCCAGAUAUGUUUGGCAAAGUUAUCCCUGGAAAUGGGAGGCUUGUGCUGGGCUCUAACAGCAAUGAAAUGAGCUCUCUAAAUGGGGACGUUUACAACUUCCGCCUCUGGAAUUUCACCAUGAAUGCUCAAACACUGGCCAACCUCAGCUGCGAUGUGAAAGGAAACAUUGUAGACUGGGAAAAUGAAUUCUGGAGUAUUCCAACUUCAGCACUGAAGGCAGAAAACAAUUUGAGUUGUGGCUCAUACCUAAUUCCUUCUUCUACAAUUGAACCAACAAGUUGUGCAAACCUAGGAAGCCUUUGUCAAGCUACUGUAAAUGCUACUACUCCUACACCACCCACUGUCACCACUAACAUGCCUGAUACUAAUAGAACCGAUAAGCCAAACAAUGGUGGACUAUUCUACAGGAUAUCUAUAACUGUCUUUAGUUACAACUCCAACUCAGAAUCAAAAGUACAUGAUGUGGUUGCAGAAUGGCUAAACCAUACUUUCCAGAACUGGAAUUACACUGUGUAUGUGGUCAAUAUCAGCAUCCAACCUGGUACCAUAAAAGAGGCAGUGAGAGAAAAAAGAAGCAUUGAUAGUAAACGUUUUGAGGUUCUAGCCCUUCUGGUUUAUAAUGCUACCAACAACAUCAAUUUAGAAGAGCAAGACAUCCGACAAAAGCUCAUAAGUAAUAAUGAGUCCAUAGCAGAGGGAUAUAGGCUUCAUAUGGUGGAAGUUGAUCCAGUGGAGAAAUGUUUAGCUGAAGAAAACCCUCCAAACUAUUUUUGGCCAGACACCAGACCAACAGUUACCAACUUUACAUUUUGCCAUGGGAGUUCAGUUCAGAUUGCAUCAAGAACCUGCUAUUUGGGUCUGCAGAAUUACACAUCAUACUGGGGCCAACCAGAUCUUAGAAAUUGCACAGAAAAUGCAGCUGAUAUUGCCAAUCAGCUUUUGAAUCUCACUGGUGAAGGGCAGCAGCUUACCUCAGACAAAGUAAACGAUGUUGUCCAGAAACUCAAAAAAAUUGUGAAUGAUGAAGAAAUUGAUGAAUCUCUGGGUUCUACUGUGGUGACAAUUUUUUCCAAUAUUCUAAACAGUUCAGACAGUGUAUUGGCAGCAUCAUCUUCAGAAGCUCUUAAAACUAUUGAUGCCUUGGCUUUAAAGAUCCAGUUCACAGGACCAUCCAUGAGUAUUUCAACACGCAAUCUUGCACUUGGAGUGUCUUCUGUAAAUUCAACUUCAUUCAAAGGUUCUUCUUUCAGUGUCAGUCCACAGAAUAAUGCAUCUGAUUUCCAGAUAGACUUUGACAAGGAUCAGACAAAUGCCAUUGCUUCUGUCAUUCUACCACCAAGUUUACUGAAGAAUUUAAGUCAAGAUGACAUUGAAGUUAUAUCAAGGGCUCAAUUUACUUUCUUCAAUAAAAAUGGUCUUUUUCAGGAUGCAGAAACUCCUGGAAACUUGACCAGUUUUGUGGUGGCAUGCAGUAUUGGAAACAUAACUAUUCGAGAUCUUCAGGAAUAUGUGAAGAUUACAAUUAAACAUACCAAAAUUCAAGAAGAUCCUAAGCCAACCUGUGUCUUCUGGGAUAUGGCCAAAAAUGGUGGCAAUGGUGGCUGGAACCCUACGGGCUGUGAAGUGCAAGCAGAGUCCAAUGAAAAUGAAACAGUUUGCUUAUGCAACCACCUCACACACUUUGGGGUACUCAUGGACCUUCAGGGAACCACUACAGAAAUAGACCCACAGAAUACCAAGAUCCUCACUUUCAUCACUUACAUAGGCUGUGGGAUAUCUGCUAUAUUUUCAGCUGCAACUCUUCUGACAUACAUUGCAUUUGAGAAGCUAAGAAGAGAUUAUCCUUCCAAAAUCCUAAUGAAUUUGAGCACAGCUCUGCUCUUUCUGAACUUGACUUUCUUGCUUGAUGGUUGGAUUGCAUCGUUUGACAUAGAUGGCCUCUGCAUAGCCGUUGCUGUACUUUUACACUAUUUUCUUUUGGCCACCUUUACAUGGAUGGGACUAGAAGCCGUUCAUAUGUACAUCGCUCUAGUGAAAGUGUUCAACACCUACAUACGGAGAUACAUACUCAAGUUCUGCAUCAUUGGCUGGGGUUUGCCAGCUCUAGUGAUAGCAAUUGUUUUGGCGAGCACAAAUAAAAAUGCAAGUCACGUUUAUGGCAAAGAAUUGUAUGGCAGAGAUGCUACUGGGCAAGGGGACGACUUCUGUUGGAUCAAGAAUAAGGUUGUCUUUUAUGUGACUGGUGCUGGAUACUUUGGAAUCAUGUUUCUCUUGAAUGUUGCCAUGUUUGUAGUAGUGAUGGUGCAGAUCUGUGGGAGGAAUGGGAAAAGAACUAAUCGAACUCUAAAGGAAGAGAUCCUGAGGAAUCUCCGUAGUGUGGUCAGCCUGACCUUCCUCUUGGGCAUGACAUGGGGCUUUGCCUUUUUCGCCUGGGGUCCCUUAACUCUGCCCUUCUUAUACCUCUUUUCCAUUUUCAAUUCACUUCAAGGUUUAUUUAUAUUUGUAUUCCACUGUGCAAUGAAAGAAAACGUGCAAAAACAAUGGAGGAGACAUCUAUGUUGCGGCAGAUUCCGACUGGCAGACAAUUCAGAUUGGAGCAAGACAGCAACAAAUAUCAUAAAGAAGAGUUCUGAUAAUCUUGGGAAAUCCCUAUCAUCUAGUUCCAUUGGCUCCAAUUCAACGUACUUAACAUCCAAAUCCAAAUCUACAACAAAUACAUACUGCAAACGAAGUAGCCAUACAGAGAAUAUUUUUGUUGACAAGCCAUCUUCAAAAUUUGCCCAAGAGGAUGGAGAGCAGACAUCAAUCAUCCCUGUCCACCAGGUUAUUGACAAGGUCAAAGGAUACUGCAAUCCUCACUCUGAUAACUUUUAUAAAAAUAUCAUCAUGUCUGACACAUUCAGUCACAGCACAAAGUUUUAAAUGGACUUCUGAAUUCUUCAAACUAAAUGAAGCCAAAACAUCUGCCCAGAAUGAAGAAUACUGAAUAUCAUACAAUGUGAUCUGCCCUGUUAAUUUUUCCAGUUUAUAAUGUUACCUUAUAAACAGAUUCCACUUGUGGACCAAUUUCUCUACCUUAUUCCUAUUGUAGGAAAGGACAAUUUUUUGCCAUGAUAUUGAGCUGUUUUACAGAGUGUGCCCACCAACAUGGCACCAGGACAGUUAAUCAUAUAAAUAUUUUUUUUAAGACAGAAGAAGAGCCAUAAGCAUAACUCCAAAUGAUACAGUCUGAACAGACACAUAUCCUGACUCCUGGAGAAAAUAGCAGACAUGUCAUGCAGUACAGACAAGCUCUUACCUAAUAGUAUACUUAUGGUCUAUUUCUUUUGAAAAACAUGAAUUUUCCUACAGCACUUGUUAGAUUCUCCUUAUUUUCUCCUUACUGACUGUCUGAUGCUUCCUGUUUUUUUGGGGUUUUUUUUGUUUGUUUGUUUGUUUGUUUGUUUUUGUAAGUGAAUAAAACACUAAGACCAGUCUUAUAGGGAUUUUUAAAAAACAUUUUUUUACUGAAUAGACCUAGUUCUGUAAAUUCAGGCUAUUCUGAAAACAAAUACAUAUAAACACUCUUACUACAUAGAUCUGCUGCAUGAGGAAGACCUGUAGGCUGUUAGUAAAUCUUCUGCAAAUUUUAAGCCUAUGAGAUAUGUAUGGCAGCAUACAUCUGCAUUGGUGCAGAACAAGGUAAAUCCAAAGUUUGCACAAAAUCAUCUUUCAAUGUUUAAUGAUCAGCAUGUAGGAAAAGCAGUAUCUCCCAUUGCAACUUUUAUUAUGCCAUGUUUGUACCAGUGUGUGCAGUCUUAUUUUUUGCUAAACAAAACAGAAAAAGCUAUAUAUAAAUGUAUAAAUACAUAUUUAGAUUUCUUUCCACACAUACUUUUAUAAUAUGCACUCAGUCAAUAUUACAGAGGAAACAGUGUGUACUACAGACAAUCUAAGAAAGGCAAACAGUGGUAAACUUGAAUACGCUUAAUAUUCUGUGAUCCCAUAGGUUCAUUUGCCAGUCUCUCUACUUCAGAUAUGCUGUAUGUAUAGGCAUCUCCAUCAGAUGGCUUUGCAACAUUAGCAUAACCUGAGUUACAUUUACCAGUAAUAAAUACAUGACAUCAUUCUGGGCACAUGACACAGUCAGUAUCAGUAUCCCUCUCCUGCCCCUGCAUUGGCUGAUUGGCUUGAAGUUGUUGGAGGCACAAAUUUUAAAGUGUUGAGGCAACAAGAAGGAAUUUUGGCAUUGCUGUACUGUGUAUGUCAUUACACUGAUCUCACUAUAUGUGCAGACAACAGACAAGAGCAUAAAAUGCUUACUCGUUUUAAGGUAUAUAGAUUUGUGACAUGUUAGCUUGUGAACACGUCUGCCAAAAGUACAUGAAGCAUGUCUCACUCCUUGCCAGGUGUUGUAAAAGUUGUUAUUGCACAUGUCACAGAAAGAAUGGGCCAGAACUUCAAAGGUGUUCUCAAUUACUGAUUUCAGAGGAGAAUGUCUCCUAGUGGAAACUUUCUUUCUUUCUUUCUUUCUUUCUUUCUUUCUUUCUUUCUUUCUUUCUUUCUUUCUUUCUUUCUUUCUUUCUUUCUUUCUUUCUUUCUUUCUUUCUUUCUUUCUUUCUUUCUUUCUUUCUUUCUUUCUUUCUUUCUUUCUUUCUUUCUUUCUUUCUUUCUUUCUUUCUUUCUUUCUUUCUUUCUUUCUUUCUUUCUUUUUCUCUCUUUCUUUCUCUCUUUCUUUCUCUCUCUCUCUCUCUUCCUUCCUUCCUUCCUUCCUUCCUUCCUUCCUUCCUUUCUGUUUUUGUUUUUUUGUUUGAUUGUUUUAAUAUAUAUAUAUAAAGACUUCUUUUUACCAAUGUAUUUUUAGGCAAAUACUUAUUUAGCUGCAUUGGGAAAAUGACAGAAAGUCACUCUGUAAGAUGUUCUGUUGCUAAGCAGGUGAAUACUCAGCGAUUAGGGAUGUGAAUUUGUGCUUCUCUCUGCUCUUUGCACGCAUCUUUGUGUGCAGAGAUCUUUUAAUGCUGUGACCGCACAAAUGGAGUAUUUUCCCUGGCUGCAAACACCUUGCAGGAGGAGUAUGUCCUAACUGUAUUCUGUCCAGAAACACUGCUGUUGCUACACACACCUUAACAAAACCUCAGUCUCCUAACUGCAAACAUUUACUUACAUGGUGGUAUGAAUGAAAGUCAACCUUAUACAUUUAACAUGUAAUUAUUAGUAAGGAUGAAUGUGUCAGAUAUCUUUGAAAGAGGAAAUUAUGUAGGAAGAGAUUAUGUACAAGCAUUUACUGAAUUUAUAUAUCAUCCCAUUUGCUUAACUACUGUAGGUAAUAGUGUUCACAUAUGAGCUUACUGUGAGAUUUCUACCUGAUUAAGGUGUUCAGAAGUGAAAAGAAGGAAAAUAAAACAUUCCUGAAAAAAAAAAAAAAAGAGGAAUAAUAAAAAACAAUGGAUUAGUAAAAUAUAAUAAGAAACCAAUAUCCUGACUGAACUCUAAUCUAACUAUCAGUUUAAUGUACAGCUACUAUAUUUUUUUUCUGAAAUAAGAUUUUCUCUUUUCUUUUACUACCAUGUAGUAAUCUUAAACUAUCUGUGUCAGUUAGAUGCUCUGGAAUGCUUCCAGUUCAAUGUAAAACUUCUACUUUUUAGUUGACAUACUGUAACCUCCCUUGUACAUAUUUAUUUAUUUGUGAGGUUAAAAAUGUCAAAUAUACUUAGCUCUGUUACAUCUGUUAUUGUUUCGCUUCUGCUUCACCAUAGAGAAAGAGUGAAAUAAUAAUUUCUUUUAUUUUUUUCCAAACAUUUUGUGAAAAAAUUACUGUAGUUCUGUAUGAGGAAACAUCAACAUAAUUUGUAAUACUAGUCAGUGGAAUAUAGUGUAACAGUUUUGAAGAUGGACUAAAGUGGAAAGAAACAUUUUCAAGUAAACAUUCUUGAUGUUAGUGUACCAAAUAAUUAAAGUUUUCUUUUAGUAGUGAA